GUUCAUCGACAACUUCUCAAGGAUUCAGAUUUUUCAUAAUUCUAUCAAGCUUGAUCUUGAUGGACUUUGAAUGCUUAGAGUCCGCGCUUUUGAUAAUGAAGAAAACUAAUUCUCCGCACUGGUGGGUCUACAAUUCAUGUGGAAGCUGAUGCCUGAAAGUGGUGGAUCAACGCAUCACCUUGCUCAUGUGCCUUUGAAGGAAUCUCCGUUGACUGACUGUGGAGAACUGUGUGGCUACUUGGAUAUCCAGAAAAAGCUUGGUCCCUAGAUUUUUACAUUUUUCAAAAUUAAGCAUAAGACUUUUA